GAUGACCUCUAAGAUCCAGUACAACAACGCAGACGAACAAGUGUCUUGUCAGUGUGUUUUCUAUUUAUUUUGUUUAUAGUGAUGAUCUGUGUUUAGUGAAUAUUGUAUAUAAUUGUUUGAUAUAAAAAUGAAGUGUUUAAUUGUUAUUUUUGGACUGACACUCUUGGGGAAAGAUACAUUAUCACAAUCCUGUAGAACACCACUAGGCUCCCAAAGUAAUUGUAUAUCACUAUACGAUUGUCCACAACUGCUAUCUGCGUUUCAACAGCGGCCUCUACUAAAUAAUGUUGUAAUUUUCUUGAAGCAGUCACAAUGUGGCUUCGAUGGUUAUACUCCGAAGGUUUGCUGUGGACCUUUACCACCACAAACAAAUCCGUCUCAAACAACGUCAAGACCUCGACCAGCGCAGGUCCCAGACGGCACGGUAGAUGGUUCUGUGCAGGAGGACUCAUACCCAGCACCACGUGGUUCCUGUGGUAUUGACAAUGGUGACAGGAUCUUUGGAGGCCAGAUCACUGACUUGGACGAGUUCCCUUGGAUGUCUCUGUUGGGAUACCGCACGAAGUCUGGUAAACUGACGUACCAGUGUGGAGGUGUUUUGAUCAAUCAUCGAUAUGUAUUGACUGCUGCUCAUUGUGUCACAGGAGAAAUUGAGACUGCUGUAGGAAAAUUAGCAACAGUUCGUUUGGGUGAAUACAACACACAGACAGACGUGGAUUGUCUUGGUAACGAUUGUGCUGAUCCUCCCCAGGAGUUACUGGUCCAGGCUGCGUAUCCCAACCCUGGAUUCUCGGAUAAGAAAACCAAUAGAGAGGAUGAUAUAGCCCUUGUGAGGAUGGCUACUAGAGCUAGAUAUACAGGAUUCGUGCAACCAAUCUGCUUGCCGGAUAGCAGCCAACGCCUGUCUUCUGGAAGUUCAGUUUACGUAGCUGGAUGGGGAAAAACCUUGAACGGUAAAAGUAGCCAAGUAAAACUAAAACUCGGUUUACCAAUCUACGACAAGCAAGACUGUGUCUCCAAAUACAAUACUUUAAACGCGCGUCUAACAGACAAGCAAAUAUGUGCGGGCGGUGUAUUCGCUGAGGACGCUUGCAAGGGGGACUCUGGGGGUCCUCUGAUGCAGAGAACACCAUCUGGUGUAUGGGAGUCCGUAGCUGUGGUGUCCUUUGGAUAUGGCUGUGGAAGGGACGGCUGGCCUGGAGUCUACACAUCUGUUUCUAGUUAUAUGGACUGGAUUCAGAAUACCAUGCGUAAUACUAAUUCGUAGUGAAGUGGCGUAAAUAAAUUCUUUUUAAUGA